CCCCUUUGCGCCCUAAGUAGCCCAUCGCGCGUCGUCUCCUUCCUUUCUGUUUCUCGUCGUCGAAACCCUCAAUCGAACGCAGCUGCUGUGCGUGAGCGGCGAAAAGUCUGUCACAAUGGUGCAGCGUCUUACUUACCGUCGUCGCCAUUGUUAUGCCACCAAAUCCAACCAGACCCGGGUGGUCAAGACUCCCGGUGGAAAGCUCGUUCUGCAGACCGCUGCGAAGCGUGCCAAUGGCCCCAAGUGCUCUGUGACUGGAAAGCGUAUUCCCGGAAUUCCCCACCUCCGACCCACAGAGUACAGGACCUCCCGCCUUCACAGGCAUCAGAAGACCAUCAAGAGAGCUUACGGAGGAAACAUCUGCGGAGCUGCCGUCCGUGAACGAAUUAUCAGAGCUUUCCUCGUGGAAGAGCAAACCAUUGUGAAGAAGGUUUUGAAGAUCCAGAAGUCCAAGGAAAAGCUCGCCGCCAAGGCCCAAGCUUAAAAUGGAUUUAUCUGUAGUUAAGUUGCUGGGAACUGUUCUAGUUGGGUGUCCUUGCACCCAUAUCUAAAUGAAAGUCUCUUGAACAUAAUUUUCAUUAUGAGGGCACUCAAGCUCUUAGGACGCACUCGUCUCGCCAAUUUUCCCCGUAAUUUUCCGUUUCACGGGAAGGCUCCAAGUUAUUAUGUGAGCUACUCGAGUAAGUUCUAGAAGAAUUCAGUGGGCUAAGUUGAACAGGUAGCCCUCUUUUCCUUCUUUUCUCGCUGUUCCCGGUGAACGUAUUUUAGAUCUGUACUCAGUGAGAUGAGCUGUCGUCAUUUGUAAACUUGAUGAGUUGAGAAAUGCUUGGGACUUACUUGUACUACUUCCAACUCCCGCGAUCGAAUUUGAGUGCACGAAUGCGCUGACUUGUGAUCACAGCUAAUUGUGAACACUAUUAUCUUAGUUGGAAUUGUAUCCCCAUUUGGCUACAAGUUUCUGCGGAAA